CCUGACUCGAUCCUCAAACUGUGGGCGGGUCAACACGGCUGUCAGUGCAGAAGAGGGAUAUUUGUAACUACACACGACAGUGCAGGGGUCCAGAGAGAGAGAGAGGGGGGGCAGGUUACACUUUGAGUUACAUGUAGACUUAGUUUUUUUUACAAGAUAUUUCCUCAGACAUGUCGCGGAUAUUAAACUUAAUUACCGCUCAUGUGCGGAGGGAUCUGUCCGCCUGUCGAGGCAUCGCUCGGCUUCCUUUGAGGACAAUCAGCUGCACCUCCAGGAAACGAGCCGAGGAGAGUGAUGCAUCCACAGUUCUGGGCAAAAGGUGGAAGGACACAGCAGAAACCGUCAUCAUCGGAGGGGGAUGUGUGGGGGUCAGCUUGGCCUAUCACCUGGCCAAAGGUGGCAUGAAGGAUGUGGUUCUGCUGGAGAAGUCCGAGCUGACUGCUGGAUCCACCUGGCACGCUGCUGGUUUGACGACGUAUUACCAUCCAGGCAUCAACCUGAAGAAAGUCCACUAUGACAGCAUCAAACUGUACGAGAGCCUGGAGGCUGAAACAGGACAGGCGGUGGGCUUUCAUCAACCCGGCAGCGUCCGUAUCGCUGCGACUCCGGCUCGGGUGGAUGAGAUGAAGUACCAGAUGACCCGCACGCACUGGCAUGUGACGGAGCAGUACUUCAUCGGACCGGAGAAAGUUCAUGAACUCUUCCCUCUGCUGAAUGUCAAUAAGGUGUUGGCGGGUCUGUACACGCCAGGAGACGGUCACAUCGACCCGUACUCUCUGACCAUGGCACUGGCUGCUGGCGCUCGUAUGUACGGAGCUCAGAUCUACAACCCGGCCCCCGUCACCGGCCUCAACCCGACCGCCGACGGGAAGUGGGACGUCCAGACGCCGCACGGAACCAUCCGGGCGAACCGCAUCGUCAACGCAACAGGUCUGUCACCUUCCUGCCAAAGCAGCCGAUCAAAUGAAGUAGGAGGGUUUACCCCCCCUCUCUGUUAGCGUAGCUCGACGUUU